CUUUCUACCGUAUUGUACCAAACCAACAAAUUCGGUAUUGAUCAUACUUUAAAGUCAAACAGAAUCAAACCGAACCGAAUCAAACCAGGCCAAAUCAAACCGAAUGAUAGCUCCUCCUAGUACUAUUGUAGAUACCAUGUUUGCUUAUUCCCUUAAUAUGACUCCCCAGAGGUUUCAAUUGCCAAUGGUUGGCACUUCGCCUCGAAUCGUUCCACAGACCUUCUCUCUUGACACCGAGAUGAAACCGGCAUCACCGGUCUGUCUACCUCAAGAUCCUAUGGACCAAGAAGGAGUAGAAUUGUUACUUGGCAUAGCGACCAUUGUAUCAAAAGAGAUAGCAAGCAGUGGCAAGGAACUCUUCGGUGAUAAACACGAUGUGCCUUUUUCAAAACAUUCAGUUGCCCCCGACCAAGGACUGGAUACAAGACCACUUACCGAGUUUCCCUCUUCUCCGACGAAGGAUGACGACUUUGCAUGUAGUCGUGUUCGCACUGUCUCGAUCGAUAACGGAUGCAGAUCUCCCCGAAGAAGUCCCGAUGUUGAGGAGUCGAGGAAUUCCACAAGAAGGAAGUCUUCGCUCUUGCCGCCUGUUGUCAGCCCUGUGAACACGAGACUGCGCACAAGUAGAAAACCAAGUCUCAAGCUCAUGGGACACAAAGGAAAGAAGCGCCAAAUCAAAGUCCCCAAGCUUUCUACGAUCCACCAGGCUCAGACGAAUCAGAGCCCACCAAACAUCAUGGAUCAGCACAAGCGCAAAGCCUUCGAGGAAUCGUCCGUCACAGGAAAAUCGAUCACGGUGAUUCAUCGGAAGAAAUUUUCAUGGAAAAACUAUCCAGGUUAGUUAGAUGAGAGCCUUGUUUCUUUUCCAACAAUGCUAGAGAUUCACUGCGUUCUGAAAUGUGCUCACGAUCAUGCUUUUUCUCCAUUUUUUUGAUUUCUUGCUGUCCAAUAGAACUCGAAGCCUUUUUGGUCGCCAAUCGAGAAGAGUAUUUGCGUCAUUCGGCUCUGAACUACACUAUUCAACAGAAGAAAUACAACAAUCGUUUGACAGAACAACUUCUCGAUCUUGCAGCACGACAUCAGUACGUCUUCAACGAGGAGGAAUUCAGUUUUGUAACAGUUCGAGACCGAAUUCGUUGUUUCUACAAGAGCUACGUCCAAUCCUCGAAAAAACGAGGUAUUGUCCUCGGUUACGCAGCGCGCAAAGCUGGUAUUCUCACUCAAGCCGACCUACAAAGAUCUGCCAGGAAAGAAGGCACGAUUGUUAACCCCCUUUAGAUCUACUAUCCAAACAGAGAUGGUGGUCGUAACCACCAGACAGAUGGCGCCACAUACCUACGUGGUUUCGUUGCAUGGUAGAUAUGAUUAUAGUAGCAUAAUCGGUAUCAAUGCUUGCGCUUCUACUGCAUAGUAAGCGAAAGUAAAUCAGCAAGAAAAAAUAUGACAUUCUGUACCAACGCCCUACUAUUAUGUGGUAUCUUUCGUCGGGAAGAGUGGCGUCUUUUUUGGUCCUACAUUUUCGGGACGUACAACAACAAGAACGAUUUUGGAUCUUCCCCAAGACCCAGUUUCCAUCAAUAUCCCUGCACCUACGAAUAGUUUUUUCAUGAUAAGGUGCCUUAUUCACUUCAAGGAUCGAUCAGCAAAAAAGAAAUGAAAGCGAUUGUGUCUAUGCUCUUGCUAUGAUUCGUUGCAGAGCAUUUCCACGCACAAACAUGACACAAAUACAAUGCAUAACAUAUACGUCAAGAAAACUCAAGUUUUAGAUAGUUCUCCAGCAAUUUUUCAAGACAGGAAGAGAACUAAGAAUCAGAAGAACAUUAAUUUCUAUCACCAAAAAAAUUUAAAAAUGUUAACACUAUUAA